AUGCUGGCACGCUUGGUGGCGCACCCUUCCGAUUCAUGUAGCCCCAGCAGUGCCUCCAGUCAGUCUGAGAAGCUGAAGCGGCGGCUGAACACCAAGUGGGGCCGCUACGAAGUCUGCAGCAUGAGCAGCAUGCAAGCGAGUGACGGCUUUGGCGGUGCAGUGCCACAGCUGGAAGAAUAUUUGCGGGUAUGGAGGUAUGUGAAGUCCUCCCAGUCUUUUAAGAGCAUGGAAGCCACCACUUUCACAGAAGCUUUCAUUAGUCAGAAGAGAGCCGAGCCGCAGGAAGUGAAAAGGCGAGCGGUUGCUCAGAUUGUGAAAGUUUUGCGGGAGCAAGUCCGUCGCCGGAAGGUCGCUUGCUUACUCCAGGCCACCACCAUGACCAUCGUUGUGGACGACAAAAAGGAUCACCGAGCGAUUCUGUUUCACAGCAACUGCGGCGCCGGACUCGUUCAGGUCCUUCGGAUUGGUGAGUCUUCAAUUGCUGCCCAUGAGGAUGACUAUGCGGCCCGCAUGGCUGAUAGCAUAGACCGCGGCUUGCAGCUGCUAGCUACCCCAUUGUUUGGUGAUGCGGACCCUUGGGUGUACACCCACUUGAAGGAGAUAUUUCGCCACUUCACAGCUGAUGGAUGCCCAGCUGCGCAGAAGGCGGGAAGAAUCUUGACCGAGACAUUCCCGAAUUUGACGCUGGUACACCGUGAUCACUGCCAUGCGAUCAGGAGGGCUUGUACCGGAAGUCAUGAAUUCUGUGGAGUGGAGAAGCAAAUUCUGGGCAAUUCAAAACGAUGUACAAGCCUGCGAGGGUUGGCGCAAGCCUUUGACAGUCGCUUGAAGCAUUUGAACUUCUCUCAGGUUCGAUGGAACUCCCAGGAUGCGCCUUUGAGGCGCUUUGCCGCGAUGAUUGUUCCGAUUGCCUUGCUUUUGGCCAUCCAAUCCCAGGACAGCCGCCAAAGUCGUGCAUUCCGGGCGAAGUGUGAGCAGAUGCUGCAGAGGUUGACCCCUGACCUCCUGCUCACUGUUGGGAUUGCGUCCGACUAUUCUUCAGAGAUGCUCCGCUUUCUCCGGCAGUUCGACACAGCAGAUCAUGACCCUGCCAAGACGCAUCGGCAGAAAGCAGAAAUGUUGCACAGGCUGAAAGUGCUUUUCUUUCAAAACCACAUCUUCGAUGAGGCAGAAGGUGUGCAGACAGUGACCCGCUUGAUCUGUGAGCAAGCCAUGGAAUGUCCUCCAAUCCAUUAUGGUCCACACGUGCAUGAGCUGUGGCCGGAAACCAGGAAGAAUGACAUCAAGAAGUGUGUGUACAGUAUGCACGCAGUGGUGGACGCAACCAUGGCUGAAAUCGAUUCAGAAAUCAGAGGCUUUGCUUUGGAUUUUGCUGUCUUCGACUUGGUGUCGUUCCAUCAUGGAAAGAAGGAUGCGGCUGCCUGGAAAAAUUUUGAGAUGCUUACCAAUGCACGUUUGGAACGGCUUUUGCGUUCUGGCCUUCGUCAUCCUGAUUGGGCUGCGGCUUGCAGGGAGUGGUGGGCAGCUGCCCACCAGCUCCACGAAGACUAUAAGGACUCUUUGCGCGGCGGGGAGGAGGUGGACAACCGAAAAGCUUGGCAAAGCACCCUUGCAGCCGAUUUUGCGGUGAAAGUGACAGAGUCUGGCAAGUUCCAAUCCCUUUCCACACUUGUAGAAUACUACUUGGGCUUCCUGGACACAAGCACUGGUGCUGAGCGUGCUUUGUCAAAGCUUGCCAAAAUCCAGGCCUGCCAUCUGGGGCCUCUGGAAGAUAGCGGCGUGACCGUCAGCAUGCUUCUUGACAUCGCCAUGGAUGGGCCGGAGGAAGAAAAAGACUUUUGCCAUAGGUCUUUCUUCGAAGGCGAUGAGGUGCCGCAGCUGCGAGCUACUGACUUGAGCCUAGAGUUGGCUGACAUUUGGCGUUCUGCAUUUGGCAGCCGCUUCAGGCUGUACAAAACACGGAACGACAAAGGGAAAGCCCGUGCCAAAAAGGAGGGAACAGAAGUCAGCAUUCUGCGUUGCCAAGCACAAGCUACUGACAAGCUGGUGCGUGACAUUUCCAAACAGGUCUCAGCUAAAUCGCUGACUGUGUUGGGUUUAUCCCGGGACGCUCUACCGCAGCACAGAGCCCGGGAACAGAACCCUGCACAGUGUAGCUUGGAAUCUGUUUAUGCUUCUGCGGCCAAACGAAAAGAGAAAAAGGACGAGGAGAAAAAGCAAAGGUCGUUGCAUCCAGAGAAGAGCUGUUACCAAGCCAACCGGCGAACCUGCCAGCUGCUGUCUAGACAAGUGCCUUCAGAGGCUUUUUUCUACGUCAACAAGAUCUCUUUGCAGGUCUUGGAUUUGUGUCCUACUCCUCUGAGAGACAGCGCCCAGCAUGGUUCUACGACUUUUAUCCGGCUGGCGGUCGGCAUAUCCAUGGUGGACCUGAUCAAAUCUGUGCGCAGGGCACACCUGGUGGUGAUACCUUCUUGGCGCACCUUGCGAUGUGUCCCAGAUUCCAAAGCUGUGGCGUCCUAG